CCUUACCAUGGCCAGAAGUAUGGCGGCACUAGCAAAAGAACAAGAAAGCGACGUCAGUGAGGACGCCAGUCCGUGGCCUCAUACAGACCGCGAAGUGUUUACAAUACUACUAGAAAGGAUGAGACCCCUGCGCAUACUAGACAACCUGUACGACGAGGGAUUGAUCACGAGAGACGAGUGGAUAGAGUUGAAAGCUCUCCACACUGAUAGAGAGAAGAUUGAAAAACUUCUUGGUGUCAUGCUGCCAAGAAAAACGCCAGCACGAGACGUAUUUUGCAGGCUAUGUACCAUACUGAAGGGCACGGCUGGUCAGGAAGAGGUGGCCAACAUACUGCUUAGAUACGCCAACAUGUCCUGUCCAUCACCUCAACAGGCUAAGUCAGUGACAGUAUAUAUUCAUCGUACAGACGAGGAUCUUGCACGUCAAGUAGAAGGUUAUGUAGUCCCGGUGUUUGGCCGAAAGCUUGGAAUUUUGAAGGAAAACGUGAAUGUCUUUCCAUUUGAUCAAGCACCUAGGCAACCAGCUGUAACAAGCAAUACCAGCUUAUCUCUCGUACUUGCAAAUAGUUUGACUGUAGAGGUAUGGUUGAAAGGUGUUCAAGAAUCGGAGUUCAGGGAACAUUCAAUAGUGAGGGAACUCUUUAUUGAUAUAAUCGCUAGAAAGUUUGAAAUACCGCGCUCUACUGUGGAGCUAGACGUUUCUUACAUACAGAGUGUGGGUAUCAGCCUUUGUCUUCCACUGCAGAAUGCUGGGUUACAGUUGAUAGGGAUGUACCACGAUCGCUGUGAGCAAAUCAAACUUAUUUGGGAAUUUGAGACAAAAUUGCCACAAUUGACUCAAGUUGAUAUUUAUAUUGGAGAACUUCCAGUCUGGUCUUUACGUUUGUCUUCCUCACUUGAUGGUGAUCUAGACUUGUGGGGACAGUUGACAAAGCUGGUCAGGUUUAAUUGUGUGUUACCCAGUCUGCUGAUGGAUCAGAUGUACCACAAUGGAGCCAUCACAGGUAUUCAAUAUCUUGAAUACAUCAGUUGUGACAGCAGAAGUGAAUCAGAGAUAGCCACUAAUUUUAUCAACGAAUCCAACGAAAGUAAAGUUCGGCAUUCCAAGAGAGCAGUGGAAACCGGAUAG